AUGUCUAUGACACUUGCGACUACGUGGGUGCGGCGGGGUGUUGCUGCACAAUUCCCCACAAAGUACGAUGUGGACGAGGAAGAACUGGGCAGGAUUUCGAAAAUGGCUAGGCUACAGCUUGAAGACGCCCAGGAAGAUCUGAACGCGGCUCAAAGCAAAGACAUUGACUCGCAAGGUUCCGACGAUGACUCCGGUGGUGCGAGUCUUUCCAAGGAGACUAAGACCAGUAGCGCAUCGAAUCAGAACUUGGCAGAGGACGAUGAGCUGAGGGAAUACAACCUCGACGACUACGACAACGAUGAUGCGCCUGAAGCGAAUGGGGAGAAGUUCGCCAUGUUUGGCAAUGUGCGGUCGUUAGCCUAUCAUGCCCCUGGCGAAGACGACCCAUACCUGGUCUUGCCUGCUGGUGAGCAAGACUCAGACGACGAACGAGACGAACUGCAAAUUCUACCCACCGACAAUCUCAUACUGGCCGCAAAGGUUGAGGAUGAGGUAGCACAUCUGGAAGUUUUUGUCUACGAAGAUGACAACGACAAUCUUUAUGUACAUCACGAUAUCAUGCUACCAGCAGUUCCACUCUGCGUAGAAUGGUUAGACUUGCCUGUGGGUCAGGAUACGGGCAAGCGGAGAAAUGGUAGCUUUGUCGCCGUUGGCACUAUGGGGCCGGAGAUCGAAGUUUGGGACUUGGAUACAAUUGACAGCAUGUACCCAAACGCCAUUCUUGGGCAAGAACCGUCGGAAGAUGUAGCAGCAGAGGCAAACGGAGAAGGGAGUUCGAAGAAAAAGAGCAAAAAGAAAAAGAAGAAGCCAAAAGCCAACGACGAAUAUCAUGUCGAUGCCGUCCUAGCGCUAGCUGCUAAUCGACAGCACCGGAAUUUGCUUGCGUCGGCCUCUGCCGACAAGACUGUCAAACUCUGGGAUUUGAACACAGGGAAAUGUGCCAAAUCCUACACCAUGCACACCGACAAGGUUUGCGCUCUGGACUGGCAUCCUACAGAGUCUACAGUCCUGCUCAGUGGCAGCUACGAUAGAACAGUCAUUGCCACAGAUAUGAGAGCACCCGAUGCCGAGGCACCGAAAUGGGUUGUUGCCGCAGAUGUCGAAAGGGUACGAUGGGAUAUUCAUGAUCCGAAUUACUUCUACGUUACCACCGAGGCCGGCACGGUGCAGUACUUUGAUGUACGCGACCCUCCGAAAUCUCACGACAAGCCCACCAAGGCUAUUUGGACUCUGCAAGCCCAUGACAGCGCAGUCAGCGCGUUCGAUAUUAAUCCCGCUGUUCCUGGUUUCCUUGUGACAGGAUCCGAGGACAAGCGAGUCAAACUUUGGGAUGUUCAGAAUAACAAACCGAACAUGGUAGUUUCGCGAAAUGUUGAGGUUGGGCGCAUAUUUUCGGCUCAAUUCGCGCCAGAUCAAGAAGUGGCUUUCCGCUUAGCGGUUGCGGGGAGCAAAGGACAGCUACAGGUUUGGGACACGAGCACGAAUGCUAAUGUCCGAAGCGUUUUUGGUGGAAGGGUCAGCCUGCCGGAAGAUCGUGGUAGAGGCGAACGAAUGGUUGGAAUUGCACAAAGCGACAGCGAGAGUGAUGACGAGGAGGAAGCCGGAGGCGUGGAAGACGGUGCUGGCCCAGGUGACGGCUGGGAGUCGAUGGAUGAGGAUUGA